CUAAAGCAAAAAGUAUCCUACAACUUCAGCAAAGCAACUUUACUAUAGUACAGUGUAUGAUUCGCAAACCUCACGAUGCUCAGGCAAGACUUCAAUCGAGUAGACCACAAGAGACGCCAAGUUGUCGACCAUCGAAAGAGACAAUUCGCCGAUCCGACUUACAAGCAAGUCGAGUACAUUCAUCGUCUAAAUUUCUAUGAAUUCCCUCCGACGGCAGACAUUACACUCGAACAAUUCGAGCAAUGGGCUAUAGACAGGCUUCGAGUCCUGGCCGAGUUAGAAGCAUGUUCCUUUCGAAAUAAGACUCAAGCCGAGACUGCGGCACAUAUGAAGCCAAUCCUCGAGAAAUAUCUUCCGCUCGACUCUAAUACAACCUCCUCAUCCCAACUUUCCGCCCAAAGACAGAAAGACCACUACAGCCAUUUCAUACUACGACUUGCCUUCGCAUCAACUGAAGAUCUACGUCGGAGAUUUAGUCGUGUCGAAACUACACUGUUUCGUUUAAGGUUAGACGAUUGUCUUGCGCGCGAGAGAAACGCUUUCAUACAGGCUCUGAAUUUGGAUUGGGAAGUUGUCACCAAGGAAGAACAGAGCAAAUACUUCGCUGAAUUAAGUGGAACAAGUGGGCUUAAGAAAGGAGAAGAGGACGCCUGGUUCAAAGUCGAUUGGGAGCGCGUACCAGACCUAGUCGAGGGAAGGAAAGCGUUCCUAAAGGCCGGAAAGGCUUUUGUGCCUUCAAAAGAACUACCGAGCAUGGUAAUCGCUGAAUUCGCGAAGAGACUCGAUCGAGCACUAGAGCUCACGGCCCGCGCACUACCGCGACUCGACGAAGACGACCGACUUACACCUAUUCUCGACCAUCUCUCGAAGAAUUUCGUCACUCCCGAUGCUUCGUACACCAGCUCUACUUCCAAUGUUCCUGGCGCCGAAAUCACGGCACGCAACAUUGAUAAUCUAUCUCAACACUUCCCGAUGUGUAUGCAGCAUCUGCACAGAUCAUUACGUCGGGACGCCCACUUAAAACACUUUGGACGUCUACAAUACACCCUCUUCUUGAAGGGUAUCGGCUUAAACUUGGAAGAAUGUCUAGUCUUCUGGAGAAGUGCUUUCCACAAAGUCACGGAUGACACGUUCAACAAGGAAUACAGGUACAACGUGCGACACUCGUACGGUGAUGUUGGAGGUGACUCGAAUCGUCGCGGAGGCGGAUAUUCACCAUACUCAUGCCAGAAGAUCUUGACGGAACAUCCGCCCGGUCCCGGUGAAGCACACGGGUGCCCGUACCGACACUUCAACAUGGAGAACCUGACCGCGUUACUCCAACAAACGGGCGUAUCGGAUCGUUCAGUCCUACAAGGCGUCAAGGAAGACAAGGACAAACAGAAAUUCCACAUGGCCUGCAAUCGUGUAUUUGAAUAUGUCCACAAGAAUGAACUCAAGAAAGCCAAGGACGAGAGUAUCAUGUCUUCACAACAGCUCGAGACGAUUGUUCACCCCAAUGAGUACUUUAGAAGGAGUUUCCUGCUGAAGAAUCUCGGAAAAGUCAAAGAAGAACAAGAUGUGAAGAUGGAGGGUUUCUGACGAGGUUUUUGAUUAAAUUAUGUUAAUA